GUACCGGAUAUCGGGAACCCCCUUCAGAGCCUCGGUCCGUGACGUAGCGCCCAACACUGGGAUGCAAGACGCCGCUGGGAGCUCUGUUGGUUUGCACGGGCAGGUCAGCGAGCUCCCAGACUGAACGAUGAGCGGGAUAGAGGUAGCGGACAACCGGACGGAAGGAGUCGAGCUCCGCGAUGUCCAGCCCAGGAAGCGACCUGAGGUGGGGAAUGGCGGGGACCCGCCGCCUCAGCAGCAGCAGCACAACAACAACGUCCCCGCCAGGAACGGCCCUACCACAAACAACAACCGGACCGCCAGGAAAGGAAAGUGUAUCCCCGUCAAAGUGCUCCUCCUGGACGACACACUGUCAACUUUCGAGAUACAGACUAAGGCAUGUGGCCAGGAGCUCUUCAAUGCGGUGAAGGACCAUCUGCAGUUGGGAGAAUCUGACUACUUUGGGCUGGAGUACAAUGACCCUGCUGGAAACACUACUUGGUUGGAUCCCAUGAAAAUGAUCCUGAAACAAGUAAAAGAUCCCAAGAAAGUCAUGUUCCGCUUCUGUGUGAAGUUCUUCAGCCCCGACCCUGGGCAGCUGCAUGAUGAGUUCACCAGGUACCUGUUUGCUUUACAAGUGCGGAGAGACCUGGCCACCGGUCGGCUGCCCAGUUCUGAUAACACAGCCGCACUCAUGGCAUCUUACAUUGUGCAAGCCGAGGUGGGUGACUUCGCGGCUGAGGAACAUCCAGAGAGUUCCUACAUCACAGAGUUCAAGUUUGUGCCAAACCAGACACCACAGAUGGAGAACAAGAUCAUGGAGUUCCACCAGAAACUUGCUGGUCAGACUCCGGCCGAUGCGGACAGAAAUUUCCUGGACAUCGCGCGCCGCCUGGAGAUGUACGGGAUCAGAUUACACCCGGCACACGACCACGACGGGGUUAAAAUCAACCUGGCCGUCGCCAACAUGGGCGUCUUGAUCUUCCAGGGUCACACAAAGAUCAAUACCUUCUCCUGGGCCAAGAUUAGGAAACUCAGUUUCAAGAGAAAACGUUUCCUGAUCAAACUGCAUCCUGAAGCCUAUGGAUUGUACAAUGCGACAGUGGAGUUUGUAAUGAGUUCGAGGGAUGCCUGUAAGAGUUUCUGGAAGUUGUGUAUCGAGUACCACGCUUUCUUCCGCCUGGAGGUCCGGCCAAAGCCAGUGCCAAAAUCUAUCCUUUUCAGCAGAGGGUCUUCCUUCAGGUUCAGUGGUCGGACACAAAAGCAGUUGAUUGAAGAGAUGAGAGAGGGAGGCUCCCCCAGCAAGAACCCCAAGUUUCAAAGGUCCCACAGACUGCGAGCUUCAACCCAGAGCCUUCAGAUCAUGCCCACACACGAGCCUGUCUCCCGGCUGGACACCAACAACAUGCGGGCCAACAGCUUCAGCCACUACGAGACCCAGGACCCCCGCAUCCUGCCCUACACCAAGCCUCGGCCGCCGGACACCACGGUGGUCCAGACCACCACGCCGCUGGGCAAAUCAGGUGACCUUGACCGUGACGAGCACGUGGCCAUGCAUGACCUUGUUGGGGAGAUGUCGGGCGAGCAUGAGGCCAUGCAGGGGCUGGUGCAGCAGAUGACCAGCGAGCAUGACCAGAUGCAGCACCUUGUGAAGAAAAUCACGGCCUUGCAUGCCGAUUCAGACGAGGUGAUAGACGAGAGAGACGGCGGGGAGAAAGAGGAGGCGGGGACGCCCGGCUCUGAAGACAUAAUUCCCGAGACGCCCACCAAAGUGCGUAAGAUCGACCCUUCCUCCAUCGGCGACAUCCCAGGCAACGUGAGCGCGGAGAAAUCCCCGGUGCUCAGCCCGCUGUCGUCGGUCUCCACGUCCCCACAACCCUCCGUCAUCAGCCCGGACAGAAGUCCGCUGGUGACGGCGGCGCCCGCUCCAGAAGAGGAAGAAACAAGAAAGAAGGUACUAAAGAACACCAAGCGGUACCCAGCAGACAAGGCCUACUACAUUGCCAAGGAGCUCUUGUCAACUGAAAGAACGUACCUUAAGGAUCUGGAAGUUAUAGUUGUGUGGUUCAGGAAUGCGGUUAUCCAGGACAUGUCCAUCACAGAGUCCCUGGCUCACCUGCUGUUCGACAACUUCGACCCGCUGUAUGAGUUCCACAGGGGCUUCCUGAAGGAGAUAGAACAGAGAAUGGCACUGUGGGAGGGGAGGUCCAAUGCACACCUGAAAGGGGACUAUCAAAGAAUCGGAGACAUCCUACUGAAGAACAUGAAGUCACUCAAGCUGUACAUGCAGCACAUUGAGAAACACGAGGAGAUUCUUCUGGAGAUGGAGAAGGCCACCAGGAGGAACCAGAAGCUGGAGAACGUGUACAAGGAGUUUGAGAUGCAGAAGGUGUGCUACCUGCCGCUCAACACCUUCCUGCUCAAGCCGGCACAGAGACUGCUACACUACCGACUCAUCCUGGAGAGACUUGUGAAACAUUACCCCGUGGAUCACAGGGACUACAAGGACUGCAGAGCUGCCUUGGCUGAAAUCAUGGAGGCCACCAGUAAUGUCCAGGACAGUAUGAACAGACUGGAGAACUUCCAGAAGCUGACUGAGCUGCAGAGAGACUUAGUGAGCUGUGACAACCUGGUACAACCUGGCAGGGAGUUCAUCAGAGAAGGUUGUCUUCACAAACUGUCAAGAAAGGGCUUCCAACAGAGGAUGUUUUUCCUGUUUUCGGAUAUGAUCCUGUACACCAGUAAAGGUGUGACGGCUACAAACCAGUUCAAGGUGCAUGGACAACUGCCUGUACAGGGCAUGGUGGUUGAGGAGAGUGAGAUGGAACGUGCUGUAGCCAACUGUUUCACCAUCUACAGCACCAACAAGUCAGUGGUGGUGGCAGCAAGUACGACGGAGGAGAAAGACAAGUGGAUGGAGGACAUCAAUGAUGUAAUCGUCAAUGCAGCCGAAAGAGGACUGGGUUCACAGGAUUCGUCCUUCAGCAGGUCGUCAGACGAGAUGGGAGCAGACCGAGAGGACGGUCAGGAUGAGUCAGAGGAUGACGUCCACUCUCCGCGGGGGUCGCUGGACCGUACCCACACCCACCACCGCGCCAACACCACCAUGCACGUGUGCUGGCACAGGAACACCAGCGUCAGCAUGGCAGACCACACCAAGUCUGUCGAGAACCAGCUGAGUGGAUAUCUUCUGAGAAAAUUUAAGAACAGCAACGGAUGGCAGAAGCUUUGGGUCGUCUUCACCAACUUCUGUCUGUUCUUCUACAAGACUCAUCAGGAUGAUUACCCCCUGGCUAGCCUGCCCCUGCUGGGUUACCAGGUGUCGACGCCUGGAGAAACUGACAACAUCCACAAGGACUACGUCUUCAAGCUCCAGUUCAAGACACACGUGUACUUCUUCCGCGCAGAGAGCGAGUACACCUUCGGCAGGUGGAUGGAGGUGAUCAGCAGUGCCACCUUCUCAGCCAGUCGAACCCGCAUCUUCAGCAGGAAGGAGAGUUAAACCGACGGGGUGGCAAAGAAAGAAAAGAAGAAAAGAAUCACAACAAAAAGAAAAAUGAAAUUGGAUGAUAACACUGAAAUAAAGACCUCGUGGCUUUAGACAAACAUGAUUUCCUAACAGCAAGUUAUUGUAUACUGUAAUACAAUUUGAGAAAAGAUAGUCAUAUGGAACAUACACCCAAAGUUGUGUCCUCCUCAUCUCAAGUUUUGACUUCUGUGAGUAUAAACUGACAUUUCAAGUGCCUCUAAAGCCAAGGAAGCCUAAGCACAUCUUGCCAUGCUUUUUAUGGUGUCUGUAUUAGUUCUAAAAAAAAAUGUUAUCUGUAAAAGGCAAGUUGUCUGAUGUCUGUCCGUCCACAUAGUGGUAGGACAGUUUUGGCUAUGCCUCAGGGGCGGAGCCAGUUUUUAUACAUGUCAUGUAUCUGUCUACAUGUAUUCAUAUGCACUACAGUGGAGUAGACAAUUGGGGUAGAUUUUAGAGUAGUUUGUAUUUUACUGUUGUACAUUAAUGUAAGCUAUAGAACAAAAAUGCAAUGAUGCACUCACAUUGAAUCAGCUGCAUGUUUGUGUUCACAAUAUGCAAGUGCCAUACAUCAAGGUCUUAGUGAAAAAUAAGGAAAACAUCAUGUUCAUAACAUGCAUGUACAAGUGAAGUGAGUUACUAAUCAUUUUCAUGGUAAUCAGUUCACUUAGAAGAACUGACAAAAUUUUCUAAUGAUAGAGGCCCUAUUUGUGUAAUUGAAAAGAUUAUGGCAUUCAUAGUUUUGUAACAAUAGAUAACCAUAUUUACAUAAUGGGUAUUCAUACUAGAGACAAAUAGAUUUUUAUAUGUGCAUGUAUACUCUUGUACAUGUAAUUCCAUCUUGACUUGUAUCCUAGAAUGUCUGCAAGAAAGGAUUCAGCCCAAUGGACUUUAACUCCCUGAGUCUUAAAGAUUAUAGGUGAUUCUUAUAACUUACAAUCAGAGCUUGUAAUGACCAGAUUAUGACAACACUGAGUCACGUGGUUGAUACUCGAUACAAGCCAUCAUGGCAUGACAUUGGAACCAUAAGUGUGAAAAAAUAAGUCAGUAUUGUCAGAACACUUUUGUAGUUUCACAAUAACAUGUUAUGUAGACUCUACAUGUAUUUAUCAUUUACCAUUAUUGAACUGCAAGCCUUUGUUUCUUUCUAAACAGGAAGGGAUUUUGUCAUAUUUAAGAAGCUCAGAUUUAAUUUGCAGUUAGUAAGAGAUGUAGCAGCUGUGUUGUCUUGAAGAGUCAACUGUGAUUUCUUCUCAUGUAUAGUGACCAUUUCUGAAUGUACAAAUGUGGUGAAGGGCAUAAGAAUGGUGCAGGCUAGUAGUGUGUUUAGUCCUGCUAGUAUUGCACUAAGAGAGUGUUUGUAAUCUGUGUCCUGAAUUUGGUGCCAUGUUCUUCAACCCAUCAGCCACCCAGCAUGUGGGUAAAAUGUACUGCACCUGCGUGGAACCCGUAGUACUUUGGCAGAACAUCUAAUAUAAGGUCAUAUUCAUGCAUAUAUGGUUAACAUCCCAUCUGUAGUUUCCAAAUGUUGUGUCUCAAAAGAUAUCUUCUACAAAAGGCAAAAAUUCUGAUGCAACGUUGACCAAACAUCCAACGAAAACCGUGAAAAAUCAGUGUUUCGCGGAGGUGCAGUACGUUCUGCCAACGUGCUUAGCUACCCAAAUCUUCCCACACCCCAGACUGGCUACUCACCCCCCUCCCCAUAUGGUCCAGGAAGCUCAGAAAGAGCUAUCAUACUGUUACAUGUUGUAAGACCCAAUAAGAUUGCGUUAUUGUUAUGAAUGAGUUCUUGUGUUGUAUCAAAUGAUUGUAACAAAAGUACCUGGAGCAUAUUUGUGUUGUAGUUGGUAUUACAGUAUGUUCUUGUUAUACUGGCUUGAUGAAGGAGGCUAUUACCAGAUUGUGAUAAUGUUUAUCAAUAGUACUUUUUUGUAAUUGACUAUAGGAGUCCUGAAUGAGUAAUGUUGCUACAUGAUUGACAUAUUUCCAUACCUUUUUGACAAAUAGUAUUCCCUUAAAAAAUAGUCGACAAGAACCUGUUAUAUAUUUUCUAACUAUGAUCAACGGUUAUUGCAAGUAAGAAGUUUAGGCCUAGGUGGCAACAACAGUUUUUGACACCUAGUUUGAAACUGAUUCAUUUCUUUCUCAAGCUUUUAAUUUUUGAAACACUAUUUUUUUUUAAACUUUUAUGUUGAAGUUUUACAU